CACCGAGCGCCUCUCCUCUCCACAACCACUUCUCGCCUCUCAUCUCCUCUGGCAUCAUGACCAACGAGUCCCCGGAGGAGGACCGAGGCUUCCCGCGGAGGAGCCGAGCCGCGGAGGACAACGUGACCAUCCUGACUUCCUCCAUGGACUUCCCCCGGCGCAGCAGCGGCAGCCGGAGCCGGGCCAGCACCGCUCAGGACACGGCCUCCACCCUCAGCUCCUCCCUGGAACUCAGCAUCCAAACGCGCAUCUUCAAAAUCAUCGUCAUCGGAGACUCUAACGUGGGGAAGACGUGUCUGACCUUCCGAUUCACUGGAGGAAACUUCCCCGAUAAAACCGAGGCGACCAUCGGCGUGGAUUUCAGGGAGAAGGCGGUGGAGAUCGAAGGAGAGACAAUAAAGGUGCAGGUGUGGGACACAGCAGGACAGGAGCGCUUCAGAAAGUCCAUGGUGGAGCAUUACUACAGAAACGUCCAUGCUGUGGUCUUUGUCUAUGACGUCACCAAGAUGGCCUCCUUCCGCAACCUCCAGACCUGGAUCGAGGAGUGUAAUGGCCACAGAGUCUCUGCCUCUGUGCCUCGAGUUCUGGUGGGAAACAAGUGUGACCUCAUCGAUCAAAUACAGGUUCCUUCCAACAUGGCGCUGAAGUUUGCAGACUCCCACAACAUGCUCCUGUUCGAGACCUCGGCCAAAGACCCCAAAGAAAGUCAGAAUGUGGACUCCAUCUUUAUGUCUCUGGCCUGUCGCCUCAAGACCCAAAAGUCUCUGCUGUACCGGGACGUGGACCGAGAGGAGGGCCGCGUGGAGCUGACCCAGCAGACUGAGGGCAAGAGCAACUGCCCCUGCUAGGACCAAGAUGGAGGACACACAGGGAGAGGGGAGGGAGUAGAGGCCAGAGCAACUGCCCCUGCUAGAGCCAAGAUGGAGGAU